AUGGCUAACGCGAGCGGUGUUUUUAUUGAAUACCAUUUUACGUUACCGAUGUCGCAAAUUUGGAAAUGUAUGGUUAACGCGUUCAAUCGAAUUAUUGAGAAUGUGCACGAAACGAGAAAAGGUUUUGUUAUAUAUGGUAUUUUUGGGAAUAAAAUUGUCUAUUGGAAGAUGCAAUCAAAUGAAGGCAUUAGUCCAUUGUUAAAAGCUCAGCGUAAUAGACAAAUUUUUACUGUUAAUUUGGAACAAGAAAUAGAGAAAGGUAUAGGCAGAGAAAAGUUACUCAAGAUUGACUUAUUCUGGAAGAAUAAAUGCUUUUUAGGGUUAACUGAAAAUGGUCCCAAAGGCAACGAUGAAUCUUUACAAAACCUACAGAGCAUAAUAACAUGUAACUACAAUGCCUUAGAAAGAAAAGAGGAAAUGCCAGAGAAGGCGGCAAAAAAGAAAUGUAUGCACUGUAAUAAAUUGGCGGCAGCAAAAAAAUUGUUGGCAUGCAAGGAUGUUAAGGUUGUUUAUGGAACAAAUAAAGUUUGUGAACUGAGGGCGGCACCUAAGCCUGUUGAGAAAUUUGUUGUAUUUCUUGGGAGAAUAAGCCCAGAGGUAGAUGAUGUUCAGAAAUCAAAUUAUCUGGAAAAAAAAUGGAAUAUCAGCAAUUAA